UAGCUUAUCUUCUGAUCGUACGGGGGACGACUGUUAUUUCUGUAAUUAUAGUUUAGCGCUGAAAUGAAGCUUAGUUUUAUAUGUCUUCUUUUUCUUGUACUUAUCAUCAAUGAUGGAGUUUCUCCGAAGAAACAUAAAGGAAAAGGGAAAGGGCGAGGAUCUGGUUCUGGAGGAAGAUCAGGAUCAAAAUCAGGAUCACGAUCAGAUUCGAAAACGGGAUCAGGAUCAUCUGAAUCGAUAGAGACAUUUAAUCCUAACCCCUGUGAUAGGGUGUACUGUUUUAAUGGCGGUACAUGUGUGGUAAACGAAUACGAUUGGUCAACACAAUGUAAAUGUAGACAAGGAUAUACAGGACGGUUAUGCUAUCGUAAAGCUCCAGUCUCAGUUUCUGUAACAAGGACUAGCUGUUCCUGUUUCGUUGGACAGGGAAACAGUUGUUUUUUUGUUCCCGACAGUACGUCAUCAUGGGGCGACGCACAGGAUUACUGCGGAAACUUUGGAGCAGUAAUUUGGGAACCAGACAACCAGGCAUCCAGUUCAGUACAGACGUUGUUGGAAAAGGACACAAGCUAUUGGACUGGAGUAAGCACAGACUAUAGUUGUAAGGCAAUAACAUGGACAACAGGAUAUUAUUCACAAUGGAAGUUGGUGGAUAAAUCGUGCACUGCAAAUUUCAGAUUCGUCUGUGAAAAAAGAAAUGUAUGUGGAAAACAGACCAACAGUAUACACCAGAGUGUUUACAAUGGAUAUUAACUUUCGGAAAACAUACUGUUUAGACUUUUAUAUUGAGACAAUAUAUUUUACUCCAGCUUUUCGUGAUACAUACUGCAGUUCACACAUACAUUUGUAAUUAUAUUUGAAAUACAUGUAUAUGUGUAGAUUUGAUAUA